UUGAGCUGAUGUGUUUGCUCCAAUCAAGACGAAGCGCCUCCUCUUAAAUCGUCAUGAGUGACUUCAGCCUUCCAUUCCCAACUUUCCAAAGACCUGCUACGACAUAACUGUUGGAUACAGCUGCGAACCACCGAUGGGAAACCAUUUAUAGGCUACAGCACCUUCUUCGUUCUUCAGUUUGUGAAACAGUCAAAGGAUCCUGGAUGGACCUGGGUCAAAACAGCUGGUCAAUGGUCAAGCGUGAGGUCACCAGCAGCCCAGGGUCGCCGGCUGAACAGAGCUACCUACAGGGUGACAGGAGGGACCGCCACACCUCAGAUGAGUUGAGGUCACCGGCGCCACUGCACACGCAUCUUGACUCUGUGGGAACCCGACGCACAGAGGGCAGGUCUCUACACUCCUACGUUCACUUUGGACAUCACAACACCGCCCUACCAAACUCAGAGGAUAUCACGCUGUUCACGGAUUUGGACCAGGGCAACAAGCUCAUCAUCUCCGGCGGGGCGCACAAGAGUGGACUAAUCGUGGACCCUAGCGACAUGUAUCAAACACUGGCAAUCGCCGCGGCUCAAACUCAGGCAGGUUAUGAUUCGCCUACUGCCAGCUACAUGCACUCCAACCCGAAUUCACCCGUUUAUGUGCCGACCUCCCGGGUCGGACCUAUGAUUCCGAGUCUUCCUUACUUACAAAACGGAUCGUCUCAGCCAAGUCAUUCGGUGAACAGCCAUUCGGUAUGGUCGCAGCCAACCCCCGAGAGCCCGUCGUACAGCACAGGGAGCCCUCAUACCUCCAAUCGUUUCCAUUACUCUCCAAGCCCGCCAAUGAACAAUGGGACAUCCAGGGACAGCAGCUAUACAAGUCCUCUGAAUGUCAACAGCAGAGAUCAGUAUAACCUUACCCGACCGAUCAGUGGUUCCUAUACCAGCCCCUACCCAUCCUAUGUGGCACCGCAGCUAUCCCAGUUGUCCACUCCAUGGCCUGGAGGACCAUUUGAAAACUCCAUGCUACAUUCCUUACAAACAAGAGGCGCAUCCUUAUCUAUCAGAGGACCUAAUGGAGAUAUACUGGAUGACAUGGUGGAGAGCCGGGAGUGUGUCAACUGCGGCUCCAUAUCCACACCGCUUUGGAGGCGUGACGGCACGGGUCAUUUUCUCUGCAACGCAUGUGGUCUCUACAGCAAAAUGAAUGGACUCAGCCGGCCAUUAAUUAAACCCCAGAAGCGCAUGUCGUCAUCCAGGCGGAUCGGCCUCUCCUGUGCCAACUGCCAGACCAGCACCACCACUUUGUGGCGCAGGAACGCCGAGGGAGAGCCAGUGUGCAACGCUUGCGGACUUUACACGAAAUUGCACGGGGUACCACGGCCACUAGCUAUGAAGAAAGAGGGUAUUCAGACGCGAAAACGAAAACCGAAAACGUUGAACAAAUCCAAAGGAUCCUCCGGAAGCAGCUCUGUUCCCAUGACUCCGACCUCGUCCUCGUCUUCCAACUCUGAAGAGUGCACGAAGAACAGCUCACCGACAACGCAGGUGUCUUCGGUGAACCCCUCUGCCAUGGCUGCUCAAGCAGAGGUGGUCAGCUCGACCGACUCCGUAGUGAAGUACCCUGGACAGGAGGGGCUGUAUACCAGUGUGGGACUCACAUCCUCAGCCGACGGGACUGCCUCCGUCCGAGGAGAGACCUGGUGCCCGAUGGCCUUGGCUUGAUAGUGGGUCGUCUGGAGCGGGGUCUCCAUUUUGGCCUUCCUCUCCCUGGGACAUAACGCUGGUGUUCCUUUCAAAGUGGCAAUGGAAUGGGAAUUAUUUCACUUCUGGCUGAUUGCCGUAAACUUGUUCUCCAGUUCUGGAGAGUUUCAUGGAUGCUGCUGACAUGCCAACAGCUUUUUAUUUUUACAUUCUCCAUGUGUUGACUGCAUUCUUUCCUGGAAUAUUUGGAUCGGAUAUUUUUCGGAAUCUGGCUGUGCCAUUGCAAAGGAACACUCAUGAUGAGGCAACACAACACUGCUUUUGCAUUUGGUACUCUCUGGAGACAGUGCACAAGGGGCAUCACUCUGGAGAGUUAGUGGAUGAAAUGUUAAUUUUAAAGAAAGUUAAAUAUAUAUAAAUAUAUACAUAUAUAAGGGUAUGGAUGUGGAUUUCCCCUCGCUGAAGAUAACAUUGUUGAUUGGACUGGAGAGAAUUUUUAGUAAAUGCACAACCCGUACAAAAAUACAGAAAUGCUUGAUUUUGUUGCAACUGGAAUCGAAGAUGAAGACAUCCAAGACAUCCCCUUUUGAUUGAAUGAAAUAUUUAUAAAAUGCUGUUGAAAUAUGCCUAUCUUUGUCAAUAAAGGGAAUGACAAAUAGAAUAGGAUGAAAUGUUUAUUCUUACAAAUAUCUUUAUUUUGAAACAUGGUCUAACCUUUUGGAUCUAGUUUUCAUGGUGUAUUUUUGUCUUUGAUUACAUAUCUGCACGUGUUGCCUGAUGAAGCUCUUAUGGAAUGGGACUGAAAUUUUGUUGGUUUAAACAGGGUAACAAAGAUCAAGACAGCCACUCUCUCUGUUGUCUGCUUUUAGUUUGAUUAUUUACUCUUCUUGAGCAAUGUUAAAUCAGAUCCUGCUGAUUUAACACUUGAUUGGCAAAAAAGAACAUUUCAAAUCAAAUGGUACUAUUUUAUAUACUUUUAUUUUAAUAGAUCGUAGCAUGUUUUAAAAGACAACAAUCACAAAAGGGUGAAAAAGAGGUGAAAUUGCAUCCACGUAAACACUCACUCAGAACAAACGGCACUCAGGACAAUUUGAUAACUGACAUCUUUUUUGUUACGGCACAGAAGUUUAACCCUUAAAGGAGUUGGGAAUGUUGAGAAAUGAACAUUCUAAAGAAUAUCUGGGUUCAUUGAAUUCAACAUAGAAUUUUUAGAACCUUCAAUUGUUGCGGAACUUAGAAUGUUCAAAAACCUACACCUUUAAGGGUUAACAGUAUUUUACUGCAAUGCUUCUGGAUUUAACAGAGACAGAACUACCUAGAGCAAAACAUUAACAUGUAAAAAUACCAGGCAUCGUUUGGUCAAUAUCCUUGUGUGGGAUCCAUCUGUAAAAGAGAUACAUGAUGAUGAUGAGAAACACUAUUGCAUCCUUGGUGGCUGUGCAAAAAGGCUUAACCCACUAAUAUUACACUGGAUGAAGACAUAGAUCCAACUUGGUCAGUUUAAGCCUAAUGUUAUGGAUUCAUGGAUUAUAUUGAUGCUUAUAGCCUCAAAUCAGUGUCGGUCUGACCAUGCAAUAAAUCAGAAGACAUUACACGUGAGCGCAUUGCAAUUUAAAGCAACAAGCAGGAUCAGUCAAAAGUCUCCGAUGCUCAUGACAUGUAUGAUGUAUGGGCUGUCCAAUCAUUAAUCUCCCCAUGUAUUUCAUUUGGCCCCAAAGUGAAGUCCAGAGAGUGUAAUGUGAGCAUGCUCCGUGAACCACUGUCGGGCCAGACAAAUUCCAACCCAGUGCGUGGAGUAAACAGUCCAGGGGAAUCAGUUUGAGUUUGUAGGUCACCUAGAACAUUGUGUAACCAACACAAGCAGCUUCCAUGGUCAUACCUUUUUUCCCUGUUAAGUAGGGUCCUCUGGUAUUCUGGACUUAUUUAUUUGUUGUGUUUAGUAGAAUUUUUUUUUUUUUGAUGUGUUUCAUUUGGUUUGAUGUUAUUUGUAUGUCAAGGAUUGUUUCUUUGGAUUUAAUUUCCAUUCUUUCGUAUUUAAAUCUGUUGUCAUGAAUGUUCAACCUAAGACAUUAAUUUGAGAUUAAAAUGUUUUCUCCCGUCUUAAAGAAUCAUGUUCAAGUGUG